CAUCGUCUUAAACGUCCUUAGUCCUGGAACUCUUUGGUGAGAUAACAUGGAAACUAGAAAGAGACAUUUUGCCGUUGCUGUUUUACUGGGAUUAAUAGUACAAGCCCUCUGCCAAAACUUGGAGCAAGCGACGCUGGAUUACAUCGCAGCCAACCUCGGAAUUCGCUAUGACGUCCUUGAUAACUUUCAGGAUACAUGGAAGUCAUACCGCGUCCGCAUGACCCUGGAAAAUUCAGGCUCAGAAGCGAUUCCCAAUGGACCAUGGGCCAUUUAUCUCUGCCACAUCCGGGUAAUCGAGCCAGCCCACACAAAGCACAAUCCAAGUGGGUACGUCAUCCCCGGUAGCCAUGGCAUCAAAGUAACACAUAUAAAUGGCUGUCAACACAAGUUUGAGCCUACUGCUAGCUUCUCAGGCUUGGCUGGUUUCCAGUCCUUGAUGGUGGAUUUUGACGCAGAGAACUGGAAUGUAGCUCGAACGGAUGUUAUGCCGAACUGGUAUAUCGCCGCUGAAGGAUUGCAGGCCCGCACAAUUACCAGUACUUCCGGCGAAGAUUUAUCUUUUGUCGGUCCGUUUGACUCGCCGAAAAAAUGGAAACGGAUUCCAUCUGACAAGUACGACCCAUACACACCACAGAAGCGAUACACCAUCAACGAUAUUAAUAAUUUGAAAAAGCCUGGACAGUUAAUCAUUCCCAGUCCACAGGAAAUUCUCGGCCUAGAUGAGUCGAAAAAGAUUAACCUAAGGACUGGUGACUGGUCGAUUGUGGCUGGUGCGGAUUUGAAGAAGGAGGCCAGUUUCUUAGCAGGUGAACUUGGUAUUCAAAUGGAUUAUUUGAACUCGUUUCGAAAGUUGGAGUUAAAGAUGGGUGAAGUUCAAAUCGGUGGUGUAAGAUCCGAUAGCAAAGAAGCCUACAGCCUAAAGGUCGACUCCAGUAAGCACUGCAUAUCAAUCAUUGGUAAUUCACCAACAGGAGUCUUUUAUGGAAUUCAGUCCCUACUCAGCCUGAAUGAGCCCGAUGGCCUGGUACCUCACGUGACUAUAAACGAUGCACCGCGAUACGAGUAUCGUGGUAUGGAACUUGACGUUGGGCGAAACUUUAUGCCUAAGGGCGAGGUUCUAAAGAUGAUCGACGCCAUGGCAAUGUAUAAACUAAAUAAAUUCCACUUUCAUCUCACUGACGAUGAAGGAUGGAGACUUGAAAUUCCAGGAUUGCCUGAACUUACUGAGAUUGGAUCAAGACGGUGCCAUGACCCCCAAGAAGAAAAAUGUCUUGGAUCUCAGCUCGGUUCCGGUCCAGGUACUGGUAACUCUGGCACAGGCUUUUACACCGUGAACGACUACCGCGAGAUAUUAAAAUAUGCAGAAGAGAGGCAUGUGGAGGUCAUCCCAGAAUUUGACAUGCCUGGUCAUGGCCAUGCCGCAAUUAAGGCUAUGCAGGCCAGACAGAAGAAACAGGCUGCCAUGGGGAACUCGUUUGAAGCAGAUCAGUACCUUUUGUCAGAUCCUCUCGACACGUCAAAGUACCUUUCUGUGCAGUUCUUUACAGACAAUGCUAUCAAUCCAUGUCUGGAAUCCACGUACGAGUUCCUUGAGCACAUUGUGAUCAGUGUGAGGCACAUGCAUCAGGACAUUCAGCCACUGAAGGUCUUCCACUUCGGUGGCGACGAGGUGGCACAUGGCGCCUGGACACAGUCUCCCGCUUGCAAACAACUUGCGCAUACACUGGGAUUAAACUUUACAAGUCCUACCAUUGUAAAAGACUUGAAAGAGUACUUCGUUCGACGAGUGGCUGAUGUGAGCUCAAAAUACUGUCUUGAUCUUGGUGCUUGGGAAGACGGAGUUCUAGGAGUGAAAGACACCCCUUAUGAUAGGAGCUACAUGAAGAACAGGAACGUGUACGCCUAUGCUUGGGAUAAUGUGUGGGAAUGGGGUCAAGGAGAUCGAGCUUAUAAGCUGGCCAAUGCUGAUUACAAGGUUGUGUUGACCCAGGCAACCCACUUGUAUUUUGAUCACCCAUACGAGCCUGAUCCAGAGGAAAGGGGAUAUUACUGGGCUCCCAGAUUCAUUGACACUCGAAAGACAUUUGGUUUCAUGCCGGAUGAUGUUUACGCUAAUGCUGACUUUACAAGGAUGGGAGAUCCAAUUAUCAACUUGUGUGAGGAGAUGUACAAAGGAAAAUGUGUUCCCUUAAAGAAACCUCAAAAUAUAGCAGGCAUGGCUGGCGCGCUCUGGUCAGAGACUGUCAGAACUCCGACUCAGCUCCAGUCCAUGAUAUAUCCUAGACUGUUAGCACUGGCUGAGAGAGCCUGGCACAAGGCUUGUUUCGAGGAUGAAACUGACGUGGUGAAACGGAAUCGAGUGAGGAGGAUGGAAUGGGAAGCAUUUGCUAACAGCUUGGGACACAAGGAACUUUCACGUCUGGAUAAAAUGAACAUAGAUUAUCAUAUCCCUCCUCCUGGCGCGAGGGUUGCACACCAAAAAAUUGAGGUCAACUCCGCCAUCCCUGGACUUGUGAUCCAGUACAGUGCUGACGGAGGGAAAUCUUGGAGCGACGUCGGUGAUGGGAUGACAUUGUCUGGUCACCUUCUAUUGGGAACCAGGUCAGCGGAUAUGCGGCGGAUGAGUAGGCUCGUGGAAAUUCAAACUUAGAAAGAAGCAGAACACAAGAAAGCAAUAUUAGUUUGCAAACUGAAAUCAAAAAGUGAAACGAAG